AAACACUCGCAAGACAUAAGUCUCUCUCGGGAUCAUCGGAAAUGAGAGAUGUGUUUCAGCGAAAAACUGGACUGCGGAUUGUGAUUUCUUUGGCCAAGGGCUCAGAGAGUUUCGUCAACAAUAUAGAGAGAAAGUAACGAGAACAAUGAAUGCAGUGUGUUAUGCGUUUAUGCCUAUUCUAUUUCACAUGUCUUCGGCAAGCAUUGUGGUGUAUCCAAAACUUUUGGAAAGCAGGGCAGACGAUGGCCGUCUUACGUUGCAGGUUCAUCCUGGCCUGAUCCUCACUCUCGAAAAGAGCUCUAUAUUGACAAAGCAUUUACAGUUUGUCUCAUCAUUUGAACAUUCCACAACUAUCUUCAACGGAGAAGAGCUCGAACGGAAUUUGUAUCAAGAUACCACGCAUAUGUCAUCUCUCAUUGUGGACCGAGUGCAGAGUGGCGUGCAAGUGCACGGAAUUCUCAAUCACCACCUCAAGAUUGCUCCACUUGCAGUGGCGAGCCGAUCAAGCAAUGGGGGCUCUGCACAUGAGAUCACAGAGAUUCAACAAAAGUCAACCGACAAGUCCGCUGAAAAUAACGCAGAAGAUGAUGAAGAUGCCUACAAGCAGUACUGCGACCCUAUAAACAUUACAACGAAAGGAGAAGAACGGGAUACCCCUGAAGUGUUUCUUGUGGAAGUAUGCAUUGUGGUGAGCCGGAACUAUACAAGUGCGUUUAACACAACCGAGGAACUUCUCCGGUACCUUGCUGCCAUGUUUAAUGGGGUGGCACUGCGAUAUAUUGAAAUGAAAUGUCCACAAAUACGGUUUCAAUUAAACAAAGUUCGGGAAGUUGAGGACGAAUUUGUUUUUGGGAAGAAAGUCUGCGGUAUACCUGCACCUAUACAAGAACAAGGCGAGAACGACACUGUCUGCCGCUUUGAUGCUAUAGAGACAUUCAACUUGACCAGAGACUAUGUAAGCCAAUGUGGUAUUGCAGAGUGCGACAUUGUUUACCAUUUGACCAGAGAGGACCUUGGCUAUUGUGUUGAUGGUAACUGUAAUACUGACGUCACAGGCAUAGCUGAAAGAGCUGGAAUUUGCACGGAGGAGAACUUUGCUAUUGGAGAAGACGAUCCGCACACAUAUAAUGGACUUAUAACGAUGGCACAUGAACUUGGGCAUUCUCUGGGUUCCGAUCAUGACAGCUGUGAUGAUGCAAAGGACUGUUCUGCUAGAUAUGGACACUUGAUGACAAGCAUAAAUAAGGACAUGCGAAAUAAAUCAAGGCUGUCGGAGUGCAGCCAGGAACAAAUACGUUCGUUAGUAAGGUAG